AUGACACAAACUCAAGUUCAACAAACACACAAACUCAAGUUAAACCAAUACCCAAUUCUCAAGUUUAACAAAUUCAACACCCUCAAGUUCAAAGACACCAGAAAACUCAAGUUCAAAAACACCACAAACUCAAGUUCAGACACGACACAAACUCAAGUUCAACAAACGCCACAAACUCAAGUUCAAACACGACACAAAUUCAAGUUCAAAAACAACAGAAACUCAAGUUCAACAAACGCCACAAACUCAAGUUCAAACACAACACAAACUCAAGUAAAACAAACACACAAACUCAAGUUAAAAAACACCACAAACUCAAGUUCAAACUCGACACAAACUCAAGUUCAACAAAAACACAAACUCAAGUUCAACCAAUACCCAAUUCUCAAGAUUAACAAAUUCCACACCCUCCAGUUCAAAAACACCACAAACUCAAGUUCAACAAACGCCACAAACUCAAGUUCAAACACGACACAAAUUCAAGUUCAAAAACAACAGAAACUCAAGUUCAACAAACGCCACAAACUCAAGUUCAAAAACACCACCAAGUUCAACAAAUGUCAAACUUUUAAGUUCAACCAACACCCAAUUCUCAAUUUUAGAAAUUGCCACAACCUCAAGUUCAAAAAUAACACAAACUCAAGUUCAUCCACGUCACAAACUCAAGUUCAACAAACGCCAUAA